AUGGGCUUCUACAAGCUUCAAGGCAAUGGAAAAGAUAAGAAAUUUGUAUCUCUUUUGGUUUAUGUUGAUGACAUAAUCAUUACUAGCUCUUCUAUUGAUGCCAUUAAUGAAAUAAAACAAAGAUUGAGUGAAAAAUUUCGACUACACGAUUUGGGAAAAUUGAAACAUUUUCUAGGAUUGGAAAUUGCUAGAUCUCCUGAAGGAAUUGUUAUUUCUCAAAGACAAUAUGUGUUAGACUUGCUACAGGAUAAUGGUAUGUUAGCAUCUAAACCAGUUUCUUUCCCAAUGGAUGCUCAUCAAAAAUCAUCAAAAUUUGAAGGAGAGCCUUUUGAAAAUCCUUCCCAAUAUCGCCGAUUAGUUGGUCGUCUAUUGUAUCUUACAAUUACAUGA